AUGAAAGUCGUCAACCCCCUCCCUGGAGGAAUUGCCAUGCUCCUAGGCAUUUUCCUCAUCGGCUUCACUCUCGCUACUCCCUCCGAGGUCAACGCUGUUAAGAUCAACAAUGACCUCGCCGCCGCUCUUGGCAAUGCCAAGCGCACUUUCAUCGUGACUCCCACUGCCAACAACGAUAAGUGGGGCGGCGCGGUGUUUAAGCAGCCUCCCUCUGGACACUUCACCGCGAUUCAGGGUAGCUUCACAGUCCCGAAGAUCUCCGUUCCCGUCGAUGCUCCGUCCCAGAAUGGCGUCAACUGGGAGGCCGCCGUCCAAGUCGGCUUUGGUGGCACUGUUGGCAAUGACAACAACUACUGGAUCCAAGUCGGUGUUCUCUUGUCGAUCCAGCCUUCUGGCACAGCCACGUACCGCGCCUUCCAUGUGUGGCACCCGAAGAGCGACCCGGUCUUCGACGACGUCGAACUCACUAUUCAUGAAGGUGACGCAAUUACUCUGCGUGUCGAAUCAUACUCAGCCACCGAUGGCGUUGCAAUUGUCGAGAAUCACACUACCGGCACGGGCGUUCACAAGAUCUUGACAGCUCCUCCCGGCGCUCCGCCUCUACUCGGCCAGCAUGCGGAAUGGUUCAUCUCGGAGCCUAUCGACAACAAGCUCACGGACUUCGGUAAUGUCACCUUCACUGACGCGAUCACCUACACUAGUGAUGACAAGAAUUUUGGCCCUGGUGAGGGCGGCGCGCUUGUUGCUACUAUUAGUGACGACGGGAGGCCGAUGACCGAGACCAUCGUGCGUGGCCACGAGCUCACCAUCGCCUACCUGCCCUAUACCCAAGAGGAGCACCGCAUCUCUGAAAAGCGUGCUGCCGAUCCCAACCGCCCCGGCGGCAGUGCUGGUGCCACGUUCUACCAGCCAUUUGCCGGUGACUACAAAGCCAUUGAGGGGACCUUUAUUGUGCCUCGGCCUUCCCUGCCAGCCCAUGACACAAACGAAGAUCUCAACUACACCGCCGCCGUCACAGUCAGCAUUGGCGGCUCUGUCCAAGAGAAAGAUUCACUUGCCGCGGUCGGUGUCAAGCUCAUCAUCAACUCCGAAGGGGACCAAGCAAUUUGGUACAAGCCCUUCUGGACAUGGGGCAAUACAGAUUACUCAUUCGACAACGACUUCUCCGUCUCCGAAGGUGACGUGUUGGCUGUGCGCCUCGAGCUCGAUAAUGCUACCAGCGGUCGCGCGUCUAUCAAAAACAACGGAAAUAUCAACAGCGGCAGCGGAAAGAAGGAAGCAAUGGCGACCAUACCCCGCAAUCCUUCCACUGAUCUUCCCGUUCAAGGUUUCCACGCCGGGUGGACGGUAACCGACCGAUAUGAGGGGGAUCUGCCUGCGCCCUUUCCUGACUUUGGUACAGUCGACUUCACCCAUGCAGCCGUCGAGACGGUGAACGGUACAAAGGUUGGGCCUGGCGAUGCGGAGGGCGAUUAUCUGACGGCCCAGCUCAUUUACAGCCCAGAGGGGGUUGCCAUGGCGGCUGUUGUUCUUGACACAAACCUCGUGGGCAUUACUUACAAGCCUCUGUCUAAGGAUCAAGCCCACGUUGAGUAG